GAGCUCGGCAAAUAAUACCUUUCUUUGCAGCGGAAAUAACGAAAUGAUCCGGAUUCUACCGAUGGGCAAAUCGGAUUUAGUGUGCGGUUGUGGUCCAUAAUCCAAGACUGUAAUGCAGUUGACACAUUACAAACAAACCCAUUGUGUCUUGUGUAGCUUGGAAUGUGUUUGUUCCGAAAACGUGCAAUGAAGAACCAUAACCUGGGAGAAAACAAGGAAAAAUAAAACAUAAGAUUGAAGAAACGAUCGUUAAUUUUGUUUGAACAUGCAUUCCUCGUUUACAAACGUUUGAGUUUCUGAAGACGAGUUUAACGUCAUCAGAAAUCGCCAAUGUAUCUGCUGCGCUCUCUCGGUGCCUUUUGGUGCUUCAUAGCUGCAUUUAAAAUGGCUUUAAGGUUUAGCAGCCGUUUGUUACAUGUUCAUAGACAUUUUGUCAGUUGUAACACAGCCCAUCUACUGUCGGUGCCGGGAGAAAAAUCUGUCCUUCCAGUCUUUAUAAAUUAUUGUGUUCGCUUUAAGGCCUCGGGAUCUGAGGGGCCGACACUCCAGGAGAGGCAGAGACAGCACAUGGCCAGAGGUCUGCCCCGUCAGAGGCCCAUCCCAGGGGUGAAGCAGGUCAUCGUUGUGGCCUCGGGAAAGGGAGGUGUGGGGAAGUCAACCACCGCAGUGAACCUGGCUCUUGGACUUGCCGCUAAUGACCUGGAAAAGUCAGUGGGGCUCUUGGAUGCAGACGUUUAUGGUCCUUCAAUCCCCAAACUCAUGAACCUGAGAGGGAACCCUGAGCUCACAGACAAAAACCUGAUGAGACCACUGGUGAAUUUUGGCAUUCCUUGCAUGUCCAUGGGCUUUCUGGUGGAGGACACGGCCCCAGUGGUGUGGAGAGGCCUCAUGGUGAUGUCAGCCAUAGAGAAGCUGUUAAGACAGGUAGACUGGGGUACCCUGGACUACCUGGUUGUGGACAUGCCCCCUGGCACAGGAGAUGUGCAGCUGUCUGUCACCCAGAAUAUUCCCAUAGCAGGGGCGGUGGUGGUGUCGACUCCACAGGACCUGGCCCUGCUGGACGCGCGCAGAGGGGCGGAGAUGUUCAGGAAGGUGAACGUGCCGGUGCUGGGGCUCAUUCAGAACAUGAGUGUGUUCCAGUGUCCGAAGUGUCAGCACCAGAGUCAUAUAUUUGGAGCUGAUGGAGCGAGGGAGCUGGCGGAGAGCCUCGGCGUGGAGGUGCUAGCCGACAUCCCGUUGCACAUAAAUAUCAGAGAGACCUCAGACAGCGGCCGGCCGGUCGUCGUGUCUUCCCCUGAGAGCCCAGAGGCCAGAGCUUACCGAAGGGCUGCUGAGGAGGUGGUGAGGCGCCUGGCCUCUCUGCCGGGCUGAAGAGCGGGAGGCUGGGUCCCCUGACCUCCUGCCGUCAACGGGCAGGAGUUUCAGUCCAGAGCCUAGGGCCCUAGACAGAGCCCUUGGAGCAGGGGGCGAGGUAUCUUCUGCUGCGAGCGAUGAGCAGUGUCACGCACUCUGACAGCAUCACAUGAUCUGCCAAAGACCCUGAGAUAAAGAGCAGCUCGAUUUUUCCGCUUCAUUCCUUGGGAACAUAUCUAACGCACUCUGAUCUUUCUACAGCCUCAUUGUGCUUCCACUCACAGAACUAUAGUACUUUGUUUCUAUUUGCUCUCCUACUGCGUCUCCCUGCUCUUAUCAACCCCCUGACGAACCACCUGAACAUUUUUCGCACAUUGGAAACCUUCCCUUUCCUUGUCUUACGUGUACAAUCGGUAUGUUUCUAUCACAGUGCAUGCUUGCCUUGCCUCCCAUGUUGAUAUUUCACCUUCUACUCGUGCUCGUCUUUCAUCCUCUCGUGUGCCUUGAUCAGGGCAAAAGAGGGAGAGGAAACAGUGGAAAGUCCAGAUUCAUUUUUUUGAAGUGAACAUAUUGUGUAUUUUUAGGAAUGAAGAAUCAUCUGAAAAGAGAAAACAGCACAGUUUUUUGUUUUAAAAAAAGCCUGUUUUGUUGUAUAGAGAUUAUGCUGUUGACCUUACUGCUGAAUAUGGUGCAUUGCCAUCUAUUUUAUGACAGUUCAUUCCAGUGUUACUCAGUUUAUUCCAGUAUCAUUCAUUUUAAUUAUAGACUAAGGAGAUGUACAUGUGGAAUGAGAAUACUUUGUGUGACCUUUUAAAGACGUUUCUGAUGUAUACUUGACAGGUGCCCUUCUCUGCAUUCUGUACAAAAAGAGGAAAAUUGUUUUCCCUUUCUGUGGCUCAGAUGAGUUUUUCUAUGUCAUUUUGUCAUUUAAAAGCCAGGGGAACAGUGGUGACAUUUCAUUGAAUUUGGCUGCCUCUGCUGACUUUUGUACAUUCUGUUUAAUCUAAAUGUUUAACGUGCGCCUGCUAUGGAGUUUCUCACAAAAUGGAACACAGAAAGGGUUGAAGAAAAGUAAUGAAGUGGCUGUGUUUAAAGACAUCUUCCUCAACAGAUGGAGUUACUUUGGAAACAUUACUUUUUUCUUUCAGUUCUUUUUUGUCUUAAGAUCUUAAAUCUUUUCUAUUGUCUUGAAUGCCUUUUUUCCUUUGAGGAAAGGAUUGGUUAAUUAUGGUUAAUUGUCCUGAUUUUAUAGUAUUCCAUACUGUACUUGACAAAUCUAAUGUGUACAUUUUGUAUUAUCAUUCAUACUCACUGCACACAUCCGGGAACAUGAAGAGUUACAUCUGCACCACAUAAAGAAUUCAUAAAGAAUAAUCUGCACCAGAAGAGCAAAAAUACACAAUUCAAAUGUUUCUGUGUUCACGACAAAAUACUCCUUAUCCUCACAUUACUAUCAGAAGUUUUCUCUUCGGUCCACCACUCCUUACUUUUUUUGCAAUCAUUUUUUACUUUGAACUGAGAUAUUGCAAAACCAUAAAACCUCUCUGUGCCCGUUUAUUGCUGCCAACUGCACACAGAGAAUUAUGGCCUCCCACUGUAUUCAAAUAAGCCAUGUUGCUGCCCACAUUAAAAUACACUAUUGUACUGUAUGUGUUGAAUAGAAUUAGGAUGUUGUUCUUGAAGUCAUGAAAACGUUUUGAUGCAGAAAACGUUUUCGUGUUAAAUUGUGAAAUGUCAACAAAUACAGUUAUUAAAAGCAGAUAUUUAGCAAGACUGAAGGCAGGAGUCUGCCUCAUUUGUAGAAAGUAGCUGAUGUGCGUUAUUAGGGUGCUCCAAUGUCCCAACAAAUUUCUCUGGACUAUUCUUUCCUGGAGUCCCCUGGACUCUGGCUCGAGUCUCUGGAUUUUCUGAUAAUGUCUUUGGUCUUGUAUAAAAUCAAGUCUUUUUCAGAAUAUAUUGUGGUGUUUUGGAGUAAACUGUAUGAACUUUUGAAUCUCUCCUGGCUCUCUGUUCUCAGCUGCGUGAUCAUACAUUCUUGAGUCUACCUUAUGAAAUAAGGCAACAAUCACAGGGCUAGAAAAGAUAUGAACAUGCUAGUGAUCUGUGAAAUUUUAAUAAAAGGAAUCAAAAAAGGUAAGGUAAAAUCAUCACUUUUGUAGUAAUAUUAUAGUCCACGGCCUAGAUCACAGUCCUGUCCGCAGUGUUCCUAAAUACAUCAACUAGAAAGUGUUUUCUGAGUUGUCGUUCCACGUCUUCCUUCAGUUCGGAUGAGUUGAAACGAACACUUUGUUUUUUGUCAAAUGUCAGGUAGCUCAAUGUGUAUGUUUCGUAACAUUGGCCCUGAAGGGUAAUAAGGAUUAUUUCUUACUGUUCAAAGUGUUUUAUGGAAAGGUGUGAUGCAACAAAAUAUCUAACAAUCUGGUAAAGUAAUAUAAAACUGGUAAAGAAACACAAAAAGUUGGAACCCAAAAACCCGAAAAGAGCUUGCAGCCUCAGCCGUGAUGUCUUCCCUACACUCUCGGAAGCUCUCUACGGCAUCUUACUUAACACCUCCCCAGUACCUUUUCUCCUUUUACCCCUCAACGACUUUGUUCUCAUCUCUCUGCCACCUGCCCCGCCCCCCGCUCGCUUGAAUUAAUCUCACCCCUCUUUUCUUCCCUUGGCGUUCCAGGGAAACUCGUCUCCCCAGAAAACUCUAGGUCCUCUCACCACUCUGGACUUUUGGGGCAUCUCUUUAGAUUCAGUUUAAUCUAAAGUUAGGUCGGCCUUCCUCCUUACAAGCUGACUCAUCUCUCAUUUUCAGAUUUCACAUUUUAUCACUAGACGCAGCUUGUUGUCUUUGUUUGGGCGGUCCAGUGAUGCUAUCCUCUUUAAACCACAAGGCAGAUCUUUCAUCUCUCAGGUUCCUGCUCCUUCUACGACUGUCGGGUUUCUCAAUGCCCAUGUUGCUAUGUCACCUAACUCCACAGGAUAUCAAAUUGUGGAGUUUUUUGCUACACCACUGGAACGGCCUCUCUAUGUUUUACAACGAUUGGUGUUCUACUCCGCAUAAUCUGACUCUCUUCACCAAUACUUCCUCUGUCAGUUUUUCAGAUAUUUUCGAAGCUCAAUUGGUUUUGUAGUUCCAGGCCCUCUCAAAUCUAGGAGCUCUCUCCCCAUGCACGAUCCACAGCCCUUCUGCAACUCUGUCCUAUAGUUGCAGCCGCCCACGUCUGGGGAUACCAGUGGAUGGGAAAAUCAAUUCUAUUUCAUUGUGAUAGCAAAUCCACCAUUUUCAUUAACGAUAAAGUAAGAUCCUCUUCCCCCCUGAUUUCAAGCCUCCUUCACCAUCUCACCUGGAUUACCCACAACGUCCUGUCAAGAGUUUAACAUCUCCCUAGACUUUCAAAUGCUGCGGGUGACGCUGUUACUCUUUUGCAGAUUCCCAAAUUCCACAACAUGAUGCCCACCGCAGCUCCUUCCCCUCUUCAAGUUCCAGAGUCCCACAGUCUUUUAUUGACCAGGAUCAACUCUUUCCGCCCAGCUUCAAGCAGCACGUGACUACAUGUGUCUGCUGCUUUAGCUCCACCCACCAUGUGACCUGGACAGCAUACACCACCUUCUGUGUAUCCCACUGGCUGCCUUCAACUCCAUUCAGCCUCACUAUUCUUGUCGCCUUCAUUGCCUGUGCCAGAGACACUCUCCAAGUGCUAGAACCUCUCUGGGAUUCAGCUCCCCCUCACGAUCCAGUCUAAUGAGUGUCGUACCCUGCUUUCUAUUCUAGCAGUCCGUCUCGCGCUUCAUGGAAUUCAAAGACAACACCUCCAAUCGUCCCUUCCAGGAAGCCUAUCUCCUCUGACACCCUCCUCAUUUCAUCUUCCGUCCUGAGAUUAGGUUGUUUUACCCCCUGCGAGGAUGCACAUAUGGCUGCAAUGUGUCGGACUGCUUUUUUCAGAUUCUGAAGAGCUGUAGAAUCCUCCAGUUCCUCUGUAUCUCUUUUUCCAGAAUCGAGUCUUAUCACUCUGCGACCUGUCUUGUGUACCAGACUCCCACUUCACUCAUUUCUACUCUUUUCUAAAACGGAUCCUCUUCGCGGAGGACAUUACAUCCAUCCCUCCCCAUCGGGCCCUUAUUCGUUCUGCCCUUUCCAACUUUCUGACUCAUUGAGCCUUUACUACCAACCCCAGCUCCUUUGUUUCUCUCACCCUCUUUAUUGGUGGUA